UAACUUCGCCCUAAGGCUCUCCCCCAAGAACCUUCAAAAACCCCGAACGGCGAGGGCGCCGCCCGCUCUUUCUCCGCUUCCCUCUCGCCCCCUCCCCAGCUCCCUUCUCCUUAAACCCCGCUUCCUUCGAAUACUUCGAUCGAUCGAUUGAAGGAAAGGGUUUCCUCCUCUUCGUCCAUGAAUGAACUCCAAACCUAGGAGGAACCGAACGAUUUUUAGACGUCUCCGAGGGUUUCGAGGCUCUUCUCUCCUAUUCCCUAAACCCAGCCCCUGUUCUUCCUUCUCCGUUAUUGAUGGAGAAGCUGCAGCUCUGUAGGGACUGCUCGGUGGAGUGGAAGCCCUCGGCGGUGGUGGCGCUCGCCACCAGCGCCGACGGCUCGCAGGUCGCGGCCGCGCGGGAGGACGGCUCUCUCGAGAUUUGGCUCGUUUCUCCUGGCUCCGUUGGAUGGCAUUGCCAGCUCACAAUCCAAGGGGACCCUACCUCCAGAGUUUCUUCAUUGGUCUGGUGCCGCCCCAGUUCGAAGAGUGAAGGCCCAGGCCGUUUGUUGUCAUCGAGCAUAGAUGGGUCAAUCUCAGAAUGGGAUCUCUUCGGUUUGCAACAGAAGGUUGUACUAGAUUCUGUUGGUGUAUCUAUUUGGCAGAUGGCCAUUGAACCUUCAGAUGAUAUAGUGCAUUCAGAAAAGAAUGAGUCAGGGCUUAUAGCCAAUGGUUAUACAAAUCAUGGUGCUCACAGUGAUUCUGAAUCUAGUCGAAGUGAUGAUGAUGAUGAUGAUGACUCUGAUGAACCUCAUGCUGUACCUACUGGAAGCAACAAUCAGCGCUUAGCCAUUGCCUGUGAUGAUGGUUGUGUUCGCUUGUAUAGUGCAUCAGAUACAGAUGGAUUGACUUAUUACAGAUCUUUUCCUAGAGUUAGCGGGCGCAUUUUGAGUGUUGCAUGGAGCCAUGAUGCAAAGUUAAUAUCUUUUGGGAGUAGUGAUGGUUUAAUAAGAUGUUGGAAUGCUAUAUCUUUUCGUGAGGCUUAUCGCAUCACAGUUGGGCUUGGUGGCUUGGGUAGUGGACCAGAACUUUGUGUUUGGUCAUUGCUGUUCCUAAGGUGUGGGACCCUUGUUAGUGGAGAUAGUACUGGAAGUGUUCAGUUUUGGGAUAGUCGUCAUGGAACUCUUUUGCAAGCUCACACAUAUCAUAAGGGUGAUGUGAAUGCUCUAGUCACUGUUCCUAGUCACAACAGAGUGUUUUCUGCUGGUUCAGAUGGGCAGGUUAUUCUCUAUAAACUCUCUAACGAAACACUUGGUUCUGGGAAUGAUGAGCUUCCUAAAGAACAAACAACAAAAUGGGUGUAUGUGGGAUAUAUAAGAGUUCACACUCAUGAUGUCAGGGCCUUGACAAUGGCAGUGCCUAUUUGCAGAGAAGAUGCAUUACCUGAUGAAAAGGUGCCUAGGGUUCGCUGCCGAGAGAAGCCAGUUGAUUUUAGUUACCGCAAAUGGGCACAUUUAGGUGUCCCCAUGCUCAUUUCUGCAGGCGAUGACACCAAGCUCUUUGCUUACUCUGCCAAAGAGUUCACCCAAUUCUCACCCCAUGAUAUCUGCCCUGCACCUCAGCGUCCAUCAGUGAAGAUAGUACAUGAUACUGUUCUAGAUGGUGCUUCAGUGUUAUUUGUUCAGUCAUCUGUCUGGUUAGAUGUUUUCCUUGUCAAAGUAGAUGGUAAUGUGUCUCCGAGUGUGUCUGUUGGAAGAAGUACAAAAACACAACUUUUGGCUCGCCUUAAAAGCAAGGGAUCCCGAAAAAUCAUAUGCAGCACCAUAUCCAGCACUGGAAUUCUCUUUGCAUACUCCGAUCAUGUGAAACCCUGCCUCUUUGAAUUAAGGAGGCAUAAAGGCGGAAAAAGCAGGUGGUCUAUUGAUAAAUUACAGCUACCUAAGGGAUUGCCAUAUGCACACUGUAUGGUUUUCAGUGUUGAUGCCUCACACCUGAUGCUAGCUGGCCAUGAUAGAAAAAUAUAUGUAGUGGAUGUGAAAAAAUCGGAGCUGGUGCACACCUUUGUCCCCCAACGAAAGGUAGAGGAUAUGAAUUUUCCAGCUAGUGAACCUCCCAUAACAAGAAUGUUUACAAGUUCAGAUGGGCAGUGGUUAGCUGCAAUCAGUUGUCUCGGGGACAUUUAUAUAUUUAAUCUGGAGAUAUAUAGGCAACACUGGUUCAUAUCCAGGUUGAAUGAUGCUUCUGUUACUGCUGGUGGUUUUCCUCCUAGGAACAGCAAUGUGCUUGUCAUCACAACAUCUUCUAACCACGUGUAUGUGUUUGAUGUGGAAGCGAAACAGUUAGGUGAAUGGUCAAGGUACCACACUUAUCAUCUUCCUAGAAGAUUUCAAGAAUUUCCAGGGGAAGUUAUUGGGCUCUCCUUUCCGCCUUCCUCACACUCAACUUCAGUUAUUAUAUACAGUGCAAGGGCGAUGUGCUUAAUCGAUUUUGGGAUGCCAAUCGAUCAGGAUGAUGAUGAAUAUCCAAAUGGUUCAGAUAUAUUAUUGAAGUAUGAUUCUAGCAAAAAUGCAAGAGCAAAGCGGAAGCGAAAGAAUUUUGAUCAAGAACCCAGGCCAAAUAAGAAAAAGAAUUUUGAUUUUUGUGCAUUUAGAGACCCUGUUUUGUUUGUUGGUCAUGCGUCGGAAAAUUCUGUUUUGAUACUAGAGAAGCGGUGGAUGGAGGUUGCCCAAAAUUUUGAUGCUCCCGUCCAUAGACAUAUAUUUGGAACUUAACUGGAUACUACAGAAGCGGUGAAUGGAGGUUGCCCAGAAUUACGAUGCUCCCGUCCACAGGCAUAUAUUUGGAACUUAUCUGGAUACUUACGACCAUUUACACAACAAUGAGGUCGUCCUGCUCGAUCUAAGGUUCCCUUUUUUCCAUUCAGGUCACCGGCAACAUCGAGAGCGUGCUCUGUAAAAUAUUUACAAACAUUUUCAGGCGGAUGACUGCUAAGGUUUAGUAUUUGUUUUGUGGGAGAAAGGUAAUCCCCUAUUUGUUUUUGUAAAAUGAGUGAACCGUCAAUUUCUGCAUCUAUUCUUGUUCUUUUUAUUGCGGUCCGCUUUAAAUUUCAUUUAGUUUUCAUGUUCCAUGACAUGAAAAGGUGCAUCCUUAUUCUGCGCCGUGGGUUGGAGUCAAACUUGCUCCAUA